CAGUGCGCAGGGGCGGCCGGGGAUGGUCGUCGACGUUCGCGGGCGCAGUGUUUUCACGACGAUAAUUUUCACGUGACAGGCCGCGGGUUAGUGCGCGGGAACCCGGCGAUAUGACGGUGUGAGAUCCAUCGAGCACUACGCACGUCUCUCUCGACGCACGUUAAACGCAUCUUCUCCGACGCUCGCCCCGUUUACGCGCGCCCCGUUCCGAAAUGCCGGAUAAGGAGGAGAACUUUUGCAAGAAAAUGGCAAAAGCCACCCGGGGGAUACACGCGAUCAGCGAUGCCCUGGUGAACGCGAAACUGGCAUUCGGGUUUCUCGACGAUUCCGUAUGGGCUGAUGGGCUUCUGGUUUUCUACGAGGUCUUUCGCUACCUGGAGGGUGCGAUGAUUAGAUUAAGGAACACCAAAAUUGGAUUACUUCCGCUCAGCGAGCUGCAACGUACGGAGGCUUUCGAGCGCGAUCUUGACCACUACUUGGGAAAGGACUGGAGGAAAAACUAUAGUCCUAGGGACAGCGUCGCCAAAUAUCUAAUGCGCUUGAGAGAAGUGGAGGACACGGAUCCCACUCUACUAAUGGCGUAUAUCUAUCACCUUUACAUGGGUCUCCUCAGCGGCGGUAUUCUUCUCCGGAAAAAGCGGCAGUUCGUGCAAAAGAUCUCGCCCUUUAAAGCGCAACCGUCGAACGACGGUAGCAACGUCACGGACUUUGGACAGAACAGUAUAUUUCAGUUGAAGCGCGACUUGCGCGAAUCGAUGAACAGAAUCGCGGAGACGCUGGACGAGGACACGAAAAAUAAACUUAUCGAAGAAAGUAAAAUAGUCUUUGAAUUGAAUAACGAAAUUAUCAAAAGUGUGCAGACGGGCAGUCACGUUUUUGAAAAAAUAUUCUAUUUUAUCGGCCCAGUCUUACUGGUACUUUUUGUCCUGAUUAUCGUCCUCAAUAUCCUAUACAAAUACAUUAUACGUUAAUAAACGUUAAUUUAAUUAACGCUAGUUUAACGUCAAUUUACUUAAAAAAAAAAAAAA